CUUCCCCGUUGCGCUAAGGCGCGCUGCGGCCUUUUCCCAAAACCCGGAGAAGUGGAUUCUGCGCUCCGCACGGCCCCUCCGAAUCGUAGUGUGGCCGAGCGAGUCCAGGCUUGUCGGCAGGAAGCUCGGCCCAGCGCCUGGAGGGGGAAGCCGGCCCCGAACGGGAGAGGACGCGGCCUCAGAAUACUGGAGGAUGUUUGUCCCAAGAUCUCUAAAAAUCAAGAGGAAUGCUAAUGAUGAUGGCAAAAGUUGUGCAGCUAAGAAAAUUAAACCAGAUGCAGAAGACCUGCGGCCGGAUGAAGGCAGAAGUGAUGCAGCUGAUGGGUUAGUUACAAAAGACUCUGAAACAUCAGACAGGCACAGCGUGGAACCAUGCCCUUUCCCCAGUACAGCUGGCCAGUUGGCUGAGGUUGGUUUGGUUGGACCUGAGCAGGAUGCAAAGGAUAGCGAUCUUUCUGAAGAACCUGUUAAGUCAUUUUCCAAAACACAGCGCUGGGCAGAACCUGGGGAACCUGUCUGUGUUGUUUGUGGUCGUUAUGGAGAGUACAUCUGUGAUAAGACAGAUGAAGAUGUGUGUAGUUUGGAGUGUAAAGCAAAACAUCUUCUGCAAGUAAAGGAAAAGGAAGAGAGAUUAAAACUCAGCGAUCCGCAGAAAGCAGAUUCUGGGCCAGAGUCUCCACUUAAUGCUUUUUAUGUCUAUAAAGAGCACCCCUUUAUUUUGAACCUUCAGGAAAACCAGAUUGAAAAUCUUAAACGGCAGCUAGGAAUUGUAGUUCAAGGGGUAGAUGUCACCAGACCCAUUAUUGACUUUGAGCACUGUGGUUUCCCUGAGGCCUUGAAUCACAACUUGAAGAAAUCAGGCUAUGAAGUUCCAACCCCCAUCCAAAUGCAGAUGAUUCCUGUGGGACUUCUGGGAAGAGACAUUCUGGCCAGUGCGGAUACUGGCUCAGGAAAAACAGCUGCUUUUCUUCUUCCUGUUAUCACCCGAGCUUUAUGUGAGAGCAAAACUCCAUCUGCACUCAUCCUUACACCAACAAGAGAGUUAGCCAUUCAGAUAGAGAGCCAAGCUAAAGAAUUGAUGAGUGGUCUGCCACGCAUGAAAACUGUUCUUCUGGUAGGGGGCUUACCCUUACCCCCACAGCUUUAUCGUUUGCGACAACAUGUGAAGGUUAUCAUAGCAACUCCUGGGCGACUUCUGGAUAUAAUAAAACAGAGCUCUGUAGAACUCCGUGGUAUAAAAAUUGUAGUAGUAGAUGAAGCCGAUACCAUGUUAAAGAUGGGCUUUCAACAGCAAGUGCUUGACAUUUUGGAAAACGUUCCUAAUGAUUGUCAGACCGUUUUGGUUUCAGCUACAAUUCCAACUAGCAUAGAACAACUAGCAAGCCAGCUUCUGCAUAAUCCUGUGAGAAUUAUCACUGGGGAAAAGAACCUGCCCUGUUCCAGUGUGCGCCAGAUUAUUUUGUGGGUGGAAGAACCAGCCAAAAAGAAAAAAUUAUUUGAAAUCUUAAAUGAUAAGAAACUCUUCAAGCCUCCAGUGUUAGUAUUUGUGGACUGCAAGUUGGGAGCAGAUCUCUUGAGCGAGGCAGUGCAGAAAAUCACAGGUCUAAAAAGCGUAUCUAUACAUUCGGAGAAAUCACAAACAGAAAGGAAAAACAUACUGAAGGGAUUACUUGAAGGAGACUAUGAAGUUGUAGUGAGCACAGGAGUCCUGGGACGAGGCCUAGACUUGAUCACUGUCAAGCUCGUUGUCAAUUUCGAUAUGCCGUCAAGUAUGGAUGAGUAUGUGCAUCAGGUUGGAAGAGUGGGGAGAUUAGGCCAACAUGGAACAGCAAUUACUUUCAUCAAUAACAAUUCAAAAAGACUCUUCUGGGAUAUUGCAAAAAGAGUGAAACCCACAGGAUCCAUUCUUCCCCCACAGUUAUUAAAUUCCCCCUACCUUCAUGACCAGAAGAGAAAGGAACAACAGAAAGAUAAACAGACACAGAAUGACCUGGUUACAGGAGCUAAUCUUAUGGACAUCAUUAGAAAACAUGAUAAAAGUAAUUCUCAAAAAUGACUUGUGAGGGGCGCCUGGGUAGCUCAGUAGGUUAAGCGGCUGCCUUUGGCUCAGGUCAUGAUCCCAGGGUCCUGGGAU